AUGAAUAUGUCAGAUGAUGAAGAUGACCAAAGCUUUCACUCUACGCGUGACGGCUACUCCCAUUUGAGCGAUGUCGAAUGGGAUGCGGUUGAACGAAUGGGUUCGACCAUGGGCAUCCAUGCUGUUAGCGUCAUGCUAGAGGCUCUCAAUAGAGAUGCCCAACAUGCUACUAUCGCCAAGUUCAUUCAAAAUGAACUUGACGCUGAACGCGAGAAAUUUGAACGGUUGAGACAGCAGAAGGCUGCUGCUGGUGGGUCGAUGCACUCGCGUCGACCCGAGACUUUGAAGAUUGACAUCUCCAAGUAUAGGGCGGGGGUCGAAGAAGACUCCCUCUUGAGAUGGUUCGUCGAAUUGGAUGACGCCAUAAGGGCGCGUCGCAUCGACGACGGGGAUAUGCAAGUUGCAUUUGCCCAGUCAAAUCUGGCAGGACGUGUUAAGACUUGGGCACUGGGGCUCAAGUUGCACGACCCAUAUGCGUUAGGGUCGUUGGAAGUCUUCAAGUCGCGGCUCAGACAAACGUUUGAACCGCCUAGAGCUGAGUUCAGAGCUUUAACCGAACUCUUGAAGCUCAAUCAGGGUAAGCGUGAUGUGCACGCUUACGCGCAACAUUUACGACAUCUUACAAGUUGUUUAAGUUCCAAUCCGGUGGAUGAACACACGUUGGUUUCGGUGUUCAUGCAGGGUCUUGCGGAUGGUCCCGUCAAGACUCACCCGUUCCGGCUUUAA